GCGACAUAACGCGAGAAGCGCAUUUGCUGUUCAUCUUUCCGAUGCAACCACUUGUACAUGAAAUGCCAGCACAGAUUUCUACUGCUCAAUGAGAACUAUCACGAAAACUGGCGGAAUCGGAUUGGAAACGGUAAUGGAAAAAUACCCUCAAGCUACGGAGCCCAAUGACCGUGGUGUUGACCUACUUCUACAGAAAACUGACCAGUCCGCCCACGUUCCGUUCAAACAUGAAUUCAAGAACUACCAACGAUGUUGUACCUACCUGUCAACCAACAAUCGGCGAGAACCGGGUUACAGUUAUUCGAAGGUACGGUACAAAAAAAUAUUAAUCUCGCUGGAAUUGACCCCGUGGAUCAAGGACGAGAGAUCGCGGAGAGAAGAAAUCAUCACCUGCUCGGCCAAGUUCAGUAACCACCGUGACUAGGAACUCGCGACAGAAACCGACAAUCACGCGCAAUCAAAUCGUUUAAUUAUCCCCGAACUGUCGGCGAAGAUACGUCGGUUUUCUCGGCAAAAAACGAUAUCAUCGACCGUUGUAAUCUCAGCGAAGGUCUUUUGCGCAAGAAAGAACGACGCUUCUUCAUAUCUCAGAACCUUGAGACAGA